UUAUAUUGUAUUAUAGUUGUGUAUAUAAAAUUAUAUAUACUGUGAAUUUACCCGGUGUACUGAAACAGAAACUUACUGGAGAAACCCUGAAGGUUCAAAACAACCAAUCAGUUAAACGCUGAAGUAAGCAUGCUGUGUAAGCAAACAGAAUGUGGUGGUUAGGAUUUCCAUGGGAGGGAAAUAAAAGUUGGGAGAGAAAAAAGAUGAAUUUAACAACAUUGAAAACUCGACGUAAGUUGAUGUGUUGACUGAAAAGAUGUUUUAAAUUAAAUUGUUAGAUUGAAUAUACUUUUCAAAUUUGACUACGUAGUAUCGACUGGGAAGAUAACACCUGGUGUCCUGAUAUGGAGACAGAGUCUGUGUCAUCACUUGAAGAAGAAGAAACAAAGGAAAUAGAUACAGACUAUGAUGACAGUGAUGAUGAAGACUAUAUGCCACGUAUUUGUGUGCGGACUGGCGGUGCUCUGAAGAGUCAUAUUUGUCUGGAUGCACUUCCAACAAUUAGUAUGGAGGACACUGUGCAGUGUGCAUGAUACUGAAGACAACUCCCAAGACCCUACUAUUGCAGACAUGCAUCCAAUCCCAGAGACUGCUAAAGUCCUGGUUGAGGAUGAUAUUAUUGGCCAGCCAGCAUCUAUAACAUACCACAGUUGUCUGAAGCUGCUUGCAGAAUAUCUUGUUCUACCUGUGAACAUAUGUACUGCUAAGGACACAAACACAAAUGUAGAGUGUGGGGCACAUAAACCAUUUGAGGUCAACAUCCAUUCCAGGGGUACAGCUGCAAUUGUGGAAUGGAUAUGUCGUAACGGUCACACUGUUUGGAAAUGGUCUUCACAGCCCUUUUUUAAAUAUGCAAUGCUUGCUGGGGACUUUAUGUUGGCCUGUAACAUACUGCUGUCUGGCAACAACUAUGCCAAGAUUUCCCUUCUCUUUAAAUUCAUGAAUAUGGGGAUGGUGGAGAGGUCGUCUUUUUUUCGAAUACAAGACUCCUACUGUGUGGACACCAUAAAGGAGUUCUGGAAUGAGAAGAGAGCUGAAAUCAUUGCCCAGCUACAGUCUAAAGGGCCUAUUGUCGCCCUAGGUGAUGCUCGGAUGGACAGUCCUGGAUUCUGUGCACAGUAUUGCACAUACACAACCAUGGAAAAUGAUUCCAAGCACAUAAUCUACAUGGUCAAUAUCGACAAGAGGGAGACACAGAGGAACUCCGUUAUCAUGGAGAAGGAGGGCUUUCAGCGGACCUUUGAGACACUCCGUCAAGAAAUAAACUUGACAGAAAUUUGUACUGAUGCUCAUUCCCAAAUAUCAGCCCUCUUCAACAAAGGAAAAUACAAAGACAGCGGAGUCCACCACACACUGGACGUCUGGCAUGGGUCCAAAAACUUGUGCAAAAAAAUUCAUGCCGCAGGGCAGCAAAAGGGGUGUGCCAUUCUCCAGAUUUGGAAUAAAGACAUUUGCAACCACUUUUGGUACUGCUGUAAGACUGCAGAUACCUAUGAAGAGUUCAUUGACAUGUGGGUGGGACUCCUUCACCAUGUCACAGGAGAACACACAUGGGCCCUUGGUGAGUGUCAACAUGGCCCCUUGCUUGACAGCAGAGAGAAGGAUUGGAUUGAGAGUGGUUCAGUGGCACAUGAGAGGCUGGCCGAAAUUAUUCUGGAUGAACGCUGGCUGAAGGUUGUCCCCAAGUAUCUGCGUUUCAGGUCGACUGCAGAUUUGGAGUCAUUUCACAACCAUGUUCUCAUGUAUGCCAGCAAGCGCUUCAGCUUUUCCCCGCCAGUGUACGCUGCUCGGACCAUGCUGGCUGGCCUAGAUUACAACCACCAUGUCCAUAGACCAGCCAUGAGAAAAGCUGAUGGCACAAUUCUGUACAGCAAGCUGUACAACAAGAAGUCCAGGAAGUGGAGAUUGUAUUCAUUAAAGGUGAAGAAGGACUACAGCUACAUUGCAGACCUACAGCGUGCCAUCCUCCUUCGACGGCUAUCAGCUAAUAAGGGGAUGGCUAGAAGCAGAACCAGGAGACCUGUUGAUCCCCGUCAACAUGGCGUUCUGUCUGGUGCACCUGCCCCAUCAACACAGGAGCUGUUGCAAAUUCAAGUCAGCAGAGGGUCAGGUCAAUUGCUGCCAAAACAAUAAAUCAUCUUCAUAGUUGAUGUGAUGCUACGUCCGAAGUCUGGCCCGUCAACCAGUCAAGACACCUCUGGAGACACCAUGUCUUUAUUUAUGUAUAGUGUUAUUUUGAUUGUUUUUUAUAUCUGUAGAGGUUAUAGUUUUAGUAAUAUAAAAAUAAA